AUGGCUGCAUCUCAAAAGCCCAGGGAAUGGCGAAGAACCAUUUCCGACCAAGAGUACCUCAUCUCGACCGACUUGAACAACAUCUCACACGACUUUGUUAACAAUGCGUAUGCCACCGACGACAUGUAUUGGGCCAAAGCAAUGCCUGCUGCCAUCCUUCGAAACAUCUUGUCCAACUCCCUUGUGAUGGGAGUAUACGCAGUCCAACCACCAUUUCCGCCAGCAAAGACAGCAGAAGAGCCAUCAUCACCAGACACGCCCUCGCCCACACUCGAGGAUCCGUCAUUCUAUUUUUCAAAUGAGUUCCAGGGCAACGGAGCUGGAGCAGAGAAGCUAGAACAGAUGGGAUUUGCUCGUUUUGUCACGGAUCAUGUCACAGUCUUCUACUUGACCGACGUGUACGUUGCGCCAGAGUCCCGAGGAAAGGGACUUGGAAAAUGGUUGAUUUCGUGCUGUCGCGAGAUUCUCGAUUCGAAGCCGCAUCUGAUGAGAGCGAUGCUUAUGGCUUCGCCAGGAGAGGGCAAGCAGUUCUACGAGAAGAACUUGGGCAUGCGCGACAUGCAGGAAGAGGUUGCUGAAGGACAUGUACUUCCCAUGACAAGGAACCGAAACCAAUAA